AUGGCCCCAUACUCUGCAGGAGCUUCUCCGAAUGACGAUCAAUUCCUCCAUGCUAGUCAUGUUGAAGCUACAAAACAACCUUUGCAAAAUUUUCAUGCUUCGUUUGAAAUUUUGAACAAGUAUGGGAGCCAGAUGAAGCGUUUGAGAAGUGGGAAACAUCAUUAUCCAUGCCUUGAAAUGGAAAAACCCAAAGGGCCGACUGAAGAAGCUGGAAGCAAUAGCUGGAGGAACCAAGAACCAUCUGCUGCAAGCUUCAUGAGAAUGGCGAAAAUGGAACUGAUCCAGCUUAAAGCUCCAAAGAAGUCUGAUUCUUCCAACCUUGUUCUAAACACAUGUGGAUUCAAUUCAAGUGUACCUUAUGAGCAUAAAAAACAUAUGAAGCACGCUAUGUAUCUGCUUGGUGCCGUUGAAAGGUUUUCUAACCAACAGUAUCAUGAAGCUGAAAUGAUGCUCCAGUUCAUUCUGCCGGCUUCUUAUGCUGAUCAUCCUGUUGAGAGAGUCAUCACACGUUUUGCUCAAGAUCUAAGAGAACGAAUUGAUGCAGUAAGUAACAACCUUGAUCUGGAAAGAGAAGUAGUACUUAUGGAUGUGGAACAGGUAAUUGUGGACAUGAGGUCGGCUAUUCAUACUUCUGAACAGCGGUUGCCUCUCAUUCAAAUUACACAUUUCACUGCGAUUCAAAUGAUUCUGGACCAUGCAGAAUCAUCUGAAAGAAUCCAUAUUAUCGACUUUGGAAUACAGAUUGGCUCACACUGGAUAACUAUAUUGCAAGCUCUUGCUAAUAGGAAAAGCCAUCCUCUGAGGCAGCUGAAGAUCACUGUUGUCUGCAAACCAAAAGAAGAUUUUGAGGAAACAGGUAAGCUACUGACAUCUUUUGCUGAGUACAUGAGCCUGCCGUUUGUAUACAAAACACUUCACUCAGAAACACAUGACCUUAAGAGAGAUCAGUUUGAGCUAGAACCUGGGGAAUUGGUAGCCGUUUACUUGGAGUGUUGUUUGAUUUCUUUGUCAGAGGGUCCCCAAAAGAUAGAAGCCUUGAUACAAGGGAUUAAAACCCUGAGUCCUCAUUUGAUGGUUGUUAAUGAGGUAGAAGCAUAUACUAGCGGAUCUACUACUUUCAUCGACAGGUUUGAUGAGGCACUAUUUAUUUGCUGUGCAAUGUUUGAUUGCCUCGAUCACUGUCUAGAACGUGGCAACCAAUGCAGGGAGUUAUGCGAGAAGAUCUACUUUCAAGAGAUAAUAAGAAAUGGUGUUAUGAAUGGGGAUGAAGGGAAUUUUCAGUGGAAAUGUACGAUUAACUUUUGGAGGGAAUACUUGUCAAGAUUCGGCUUAGUGGAAACUCCGCUUAGCCAGCGAGCCAUCCAUCAAGCAAGCCUGAUGAUUCAAGAAUCACCUUUAUGGCACUCCUGUACCAUGACUCUGGAUAGGGAAUGCUUGCUUCUGGGUUGGGAUUCAGUUCCUCUACGAUCAGUCUCUGCCUGGAAGUUCCAGCAUGAACCAAGCUAG